AUGAAACUUGUAGGAAGAGCAAAACUCCAUUGGGAUAGUGUUGUCAACCACCUUCGUAAGACCCGCCAACCACCCAUAACUCUUUGGGAAGAAAUGAAGGCCAAGCUCAAUGAAAAGUACUUCCCAGUCUCUCAUCAAGGCAACUUGUUGGAUCAAUGGCAUGAUUUGAGACAAGACAAUAGGUCUGCUACUGAGUAUGUAGAACAAUUUGAAGAGUACAGGAUACGUAGCAAUGCAACUAAGGAUGAGCCAAUUACCUUGAGUAGAUUUAGGAAAGGUCUCAAUUAUGAUCUUCAAAGAGAAUUGGUGGCUCGAAAAAUCUCAACUCUUGAUGAUGCUUAUACCUUAGUGCAAGAUUUAGAGCUGAUCCCUAGGCCCCAAGGUGGAAGGAGAUUUGACAAUCACAUGUUGCAUCGCAACAAUUUUGAUGGUCCCCAAGGUAGAUACCUCCAAGGUACCCAAAAUAGGCCUUAUCUCAACACCAGACCCUUACACAUAGAAGAAAAUCCUCAGGGUAGAUACCAACAAGGUCCUCAAACUAGACCCAAUCCCAACAAUAGGCCCUUACGCCCAGAAGACAAAGGGAAGAGUGUGGUUAGAGAGACAUUUAGGCCAAAUUCUAGAAUCCAGUGCUUUAAGUGUCAAGGCUUUGGUCAUAUGGCUGCCCAAUGUCCUAAUAAGACUUUGUUGAUUGAAGAAUUGGAUGGAGAGGAAGAGGUAGAAGAAGUAGUCUAUGAGCCUAACAUUGAAGACAUUGUAGAAAUAGGAGAGGAUGAUCCCACCCAAUUAGCUUGCAUUAGAGCCCUACCAUCUUUUGAUAACCUCAACAAAGGUAGUCUUGAUACUCCUGUAAUGAGUGUUGUUAGGUGUGCUCUAGCACAGUCCGAAGAAAGUGAUGAUUGGAAAAGAAAUACUAUCUUCCAAACCUUUGUCAAGUGUGGAACCACAAAUUGCAAGGUUAUCAUUGACAGUGGAAGUUGCAUUAAUGCAGUUUCUUCUAAACUUGUCUCCCUCCUAGGUUUGAAGUUAGUUGCCCAUCCUAAGCCCUAUAAGGUUUCUUGGGUAGAUGAUUCAUCUAUCACCAUCAAGGAUAGGUGUCUUGUUCCUAUUCAUAUCCUCUCAUACAAGGCUCAGAUUUCAUGUGAUGUGAUUCCAAUGGAUGUAGGACACAUAAUUUUGGGACGACCAUGGCUCUAUGAUUUAGAUGUCACUCUUUAUGGUCGCUCGAACUCUUGUUCCUUCUUGCACAAUGGACAAAGGAUUAAGCUUAACCCAGUCAAAACUAAGUUUGUUAGUGCAAGUAAGGCUAGAGAAGAGCCCAAAAAGCAAAGUAUGAACCUCAUUAGUCCAAAAGAACUUGAAAGAGCUGUCAAUCAAGACUCCAUCAUCUUUGCUUUGGUUGUUAAGGAAAUUGCACUAGACAACUUUGAAGAACCAAGAAAAGAAGUACGGUCAGUGCUUCAAGAGUUCCAAGAUGUUUUCCCUAAGGAGCUUCCAAAUCAAUUGCCUCCUAUGCGUGAUAUUCAACACGCCAUAGAUCUUGUCUCGGGAGCAGCACUCCCAAAUUUGCCCCACUAUAGAAUGAGCCCUCCUUAA